AUGCACAGGAACACUAUAAAAUCUUCGAAAAGACACAGCCAUUUUUGCACAGUUACACAGCACUUUCACAGAUCGCGAACGUCUUCGACGAUCUCGAAGCGUUGGGUGACACACGGUGCUUCCAGCAUGGCGAGCGGCGGGCGACUGAGUACUGCGUCGCUCCACGUGGGCAUUCCCCCCUCCCCGCCGCCCCCCGUCCUCAUCAUUUACUUACUUCCCAAUGGUUAA